AGCCCCAACGAAGCCGGUCCACUUGAUUCCUAACGAUCCGCUCAAUUUAAAUUUGAAAUCGCGAAAAUGCUAAAGUUCUUCGGCCUGAUACUUUUUGUGAGCUGUGUGUUAAUUGCUCGCGGAGGUGUUAUAGAUAUAGAAAUUCCCCAGGAAGUUACUGAGGGGCCAGGGGAUAAUUCUAAAUACCCCAGUAAUAUACACACAACCGAAAGCAGUGCAAGCAACUCAACCCUGAAGCUGGUUCAUGUGCUAUUUCGUCAUGGCCCCCGCACACCCGUCAGCACUUAUGCCAACGAUCCGUAUAUCAACGAAACCUUUGAGCCCUACGGAUGGGGGGCACUAACCAAUGGUGCUAAAGUGGAGCUGUAUAAAAUAGGCAAACAACUGCGUCAUCGCUAUAAAGAUUUCCUGCCACCCUACUAUCAGCCCGAUAUGAUCCGUGCCCAAUCUUCGGAGUCGCCGCGCACCUUGAUGUCCCUGCAAAUGGUGCUGGCCGGACUUUUUCCGCCGGAGAACACUCCGAUGGAGUGGAACUUGCUGCUCAACUGGCAGCCCAUUCCCAUUGUGAUGGAACCCGAGGAAAUUGAUGUGCGCAUUAGAAUGAAGGCACCCUGCCCCCGAUACGAUGAGGCAGUUCGAGAGGUUAUAAAUCUUCCUGAAGUCAAACAAUUGCAUGCCGAUAACUCCGAUUUGCUGCAAGAACUGAGCAAUUUAACCGGAACCAAUGUCACCUAUGUCCAUGAUGUUACCAGUAUUUUCAUCACACUGCUCUCAGAGCAAACAUAUGGCUUGGAGUUGCCCUUUUGGACCAAGGAUUACUUUCCGGCGAAGAUGUUGCCCUUGGCUGCCAAGUCUUAUGUCUACGAUGCGUAUACGACCGAGUUACGCAAAAUGAAAGGAGGCUUCUUUGUCGACCUACUUUUAAAGCAAAUGCAGGACAAGAUCUCGGGCAAGUUGCAGCCCAAAGAUCGCAAAAUGUUUCUAUCUUGCGGUCACGAUUGGACCAUUACAAAUGUCCUCUCCGCUUUGGAUGUUUGGCAGGCUCAAAUGCCUCGAUUCUCAGCUUUAAUUGCUUUUGAGUUGCAUCAAAAGGCAGAAACGAGAGAGUAUUUUGUGGAGAUCUACUUCCAAAAUGAUCCCGAUCAAGAGCCUCAGCAAUUACAAAUUCCAGGCUGUGAUAAACAAUGUCCCAUUGAAAAGUUAGUGAAGCUAACCAAGGACAUAAUUCCCGAUGCUCCCUAUGCAGAAUUGUGCAAGGCUAAGGGCACUCAGGAGGGAGCCAAGAUUAGCUAUAAUUAGUGGGCAAAAUCCAAUGGUUAAUGAUCCAGAGUUCAGUAUUAAGAUUACAUAAAGAAUAAAUAUAUAAAUAUAUACCUUUAA